CCACUCCAACCACCCGCAAAACCCUAGCUAGCCACGCCCGUGCUCCCCUGACCACCUCCCGCCGGCGCCGGCGAUGGCCAGCCGGUUCUCCAACGUCGACCCGGUGACGGCGGCCGACAUGCGGCGCCAAGGCCUCGACCCGCACGAGCUGGACCGGAGCACGGAGCAGCUCAUGUCGCUCAUCCACAGCAACCUCCCGGACCCGCCGGUCUCCACCACCGCCCGCCUCACCGCCUUCCGCGCGCGCCCCUCCGACGGCGUGGACCGCAUCAGCCGCCUCUCCGACGCGCUCCUCCGCGACAUCGUCUCCCGCCUCCCCGUCAAGGACGCCGCCCGCACCGCCGCGCUCGCCGCGCGCUGGCGCGGGGUAUGGCGCUCGACGCCGCUCGUCCUCGUCGACACCCACCUGGUCUCCUCCGCGCGCGCCAGCACGCCGGACGUCAUCGCGGCCGUCUCCCGCGUCCUCGCCGCGCACCAGGAGCCCUUCCGCUGCGUCCACCUCACCUGGAGCCGCAUGGGCGCGUACCAGGCCCAGCUCAAGCGCUGGCUCCGUCUCCUCGCCGCCAGGGGCGUCCAGGAGCUCGUCCUCGUCAACCGCCCGUGGCUCCGCGAGGUGCCCCUCCCCAAAACGCUCUUCACCAUCUCCACCCUCACCCGCCUCUACAUCGGAGUCUGGAAGUUCCCGGACGCGGCUGGCCUCCAAGGCGCCUCCUUUCCCCACCUCCGGGAGCUCGGCAUCUGCAGCGUCGCCAUGAAGGACGGGGACAUCGACGCCGUCGUCGCCAGGAACCCCGCCCUGGAGAUCCUCAACAUCCAAGGGAGCAUGAAGGGGGUGCAUCUCCGCCUCGUCAGCCACAGCCUCCGUUGCGUGCAGAUCUGCUCUUUCGUCAUGGAGAGCGUCAGCGUGUUGAACGCCCCGCGUCUGGAGCGUCUCAUCCUGUCAGAGUGUCUCAACCCUGCCGGCGGAUCGUGCAUCAGAGUAAAGAUUGGCAACGUCCCCAAGCUGAAAGUAUUCGGGUUCCUGGAGCCAGGAAAAUACGUGCUGGAGAUCCAAGACACCGUCAUCAUGGCUGGGAUUAAGACAAGUGCAAGCAUGAUGGUCACAAGCGUGAAUGUCCUUAGUAUGAAGGUGCGCUUCGGAGUCUACGACGAUGUCAAGAUGGUGCCCGCCUUCCUCAAAUGCUUCCCCAAUGUCGAGGCGCUGCAUAUUACGGUACUACUAGCAUUGCAUCCUCAUACAUACUCAUCGUGCACGAUCCAUUAA